AUGUCCAGUUCUAGACCAGGCGAUCACCUCACAAUCGGCUACCCGCCGCAGGGCCUCUCUGCCCAGGGUCGGGCCAAUUCGCCGACAACCACCUCGCCAAAUGACCCGCAGUCGGCCGGCAGCACCAUCCGGUCGCCUUUUGGUCUGUCACCAGGCCUGACGCCAACAUCCAAGAUGUCGGGCGCCUCGCGCUCCGGUGCCGGCUCGCCUUCGCACGACAUGGCAGCCGCUGGACGUUUGUUUUCGAAGCGAGCCAGAGAGAUCCAGGCCCAGGAGGGCGUCCAGGGCUUGCCAUUGAAUCCUUGGGGCGGGCCUCCGACCAGCGGAAACUCAACUCCGCUUCGCGAGAAUAUUCCCGAGUCGCCCACCGAUGGCUUUCCCGAUUUUGCCCAAUUGCCCACCCCCGACAGCUUGCCACAGACCCGCCGCGCUCGAGCGGGCACCUUGCCGUCCAGGUUCUCGCCCGGCGGCGCUGGCAAUGCCAUGCUCGGCAUCCCAGCGCUGGCUUCCAAGACGUCAAGGCCAAGCCCCUCGCAGACUCCCUUCAAGUCGCCUUCGCCAGGCCUUGAGGCGACCGGUGACCCGUCAAGCGCGUCCACUUUGCUUUCAAGGCUGCGGGCCGGCUCUAUGCCUCAGAGGAGCCCAUUUGCCCAUGUGCCCGGGACGAGCUCUCCAUUCGGCCCGUCCAUCUUCAGUAGUUGGAAUCCGACCGGCCGGGAGAGGGGCAACACAUUGGCGAGCAUUGCGAGCAUGGGAUCCAACGGGCCUAGUUCUCCAGCCCAGUCUCACUUUUCCCGCGAGGGAACAGCCGAGACGGAUGUUCAUAUGAGAACACUGGACUAUCUUGGCCUGGCGGAGACGCCCCAGCCUGCUCGCGCCCAGCUUGCCUCCGCUCCCUACGUACCCAACUACGCCGACUUCUCCAAGGCCGCAAACCGGUUCCGGUCCUACUCGGUCAACAACAAGGACAAGUAUGCAGACGACGAGGAUGACUACGAGACCGACCCCGUGUCCCUCAUGGAAAGUCACUAUGCGCAGCUUCAAGACCAGCUCGCCGCGACGAAUGCCGCGAUUCACAACCACAACCUGGCGGUCCAGGCGUUUGCAUCGCAGGCGGCACGACCACGUGCAAGGACAGCUGGCGUCUUGGACACUCCGGCGUCCCGUCUCCUCCGCAACUACCUUCCGACUCCCUCGAGACUGGACAAUUCGUUUACCGCGGCCGAGAUUCAGAUGCCGGAUCAGAAGGCGUAUGAGGACCUCCCGCAAGCCGUCGCUGGAAUGUCGUUGGGGGGAACCAAUAACCGAAACAAUGGCCUUCUCGGAGCGGACGAGCAGGGCCUCGAAGGGCCGACCAGCGCUCUGUGGCUCGGCAGCAUUCCGACGUCCACCACAACGUCGACGCUGACUGAAAUGUUCAAGUCGUACGGGCCCAUAGUAUCCGCCAGAGUCUUGACCCACAAGAACUGCGGCUUCGUGAACUUUGAGCGCAUUGAUAGUGCAAUUGCCGCCAAAGCCAACAUGAACGGCAAGGAGAUUUUCCCCGGUGCCGGGCCGAUUCGCAUUAACUUUGCGAAGCCGCCCUCGAGCACCGGUACGCCGGGCCAUGACGGUGCCAUUCCUUCGCCCAGCCCUGAUCCGUUUGCCAAGUUUCAGGAGAACGGCCAAGGUAUCGGCGCGGGAGUUUCUGGCGGCGCUGGGCCGGCUCCCAUCACAGGCAAUGUUACCCCUACCGUGCCGCCUCUCGACGAGAUGACUGGGGACAUCCUCCAUAUCGUCCAACAGUUUGGGGCGACUGAAGAAGACAGCUUCCGCAUCUCGACGAGCCUGCAACAAGCAAUUCAGUACACCGCCUUCAUCGACGAGAUUCCGCCUAUCAAAGAGCCUACCCACACCAGGGUCCACGAUGCACCCAAGCUACGGGACAUUCGUAAGAGGAUUGACAAUCAAUCCCUCUCUCAGCAAGAGAUUGAGAACAUUGCCAUUGAGAUGCUUCCCGAGAUUGCCGAGCUCUCCUCCGACUAUCUGGGCAACACAGUCGUCCAGAAAUUGUUUGAGCACUGCUCCGAUGACGUGCGGGAUUCGAUGCUGGCCGAGAUUGCCCCUCAUAUGGCCGAGAUUGGCGUGCACAAGAAUGGUACCUGGGCAGCUCAGAAGAUUAUCGAUGUCUGCAAGACACCACACCAGAUGGGACUGAUCGUCCAACACCUGCGCCCCUACACCAUUCCCCUGUUCCUCGACCAGUACGGCAACUAUGUCCUGCAGGGAUGCCUGAAGUUUGGCACACCCUACAACGACUUCAUCUUCGAGACCAUGCUGAGCAGGAUGUGGGAGAUUGCUCAGGGCCGCUAUGGUGCCCGCGCCAUGCGGGCUUGCCUCGAGAGCCACCACGCCAGCAAGGACCAGCAGAGGAUGCUGGCGGCCGCGAUUGCCCUGCAUAGCGUUCAGCUAGCUACCAACGCCAACGGCGCCCUGCUGCUCACUUGGUUCCUCGACACGUGCACUUUCCCGCAACGGCGGACUGUGCUGUCACCCCAGCUUGUUCCUUAUCUCGUCCACUUAUGUACCCACAAGGUGGCGUAUCUGACAGUCUUGAAGGUGAUCAACCAGAAGGCGGAGGCGGAGGCCAGGGACACGAUUCUCAAGGCGCUCUUCUUCACACCGAAUGACCAGGUCUUGGAGGCAAUUCUCAGCGACCACGCCUGUGGCGCGACGCUCAUUUUCAAGGUUCUCACCACGCCAUUCUUCGACGAGACGAUCCGGAGCCAGGUUGUCGAGACUGUCAAGUUGGUCUUGGUCCGCAUCAAGGCACAGCCAGGGCAGGGUUAUAAGCGCUUGAUGGACGAGGUGGGUCUGUCGACGCGGAGCACUGGGGGCGGAGGAGGCGGUUCUCGCGACCACGGAAGUGCCGAGCGGCCGCGCCCUGGCUCGCGUCAGACCGUCAGUGCGUCACACCAUCAUCAGCAGCAGCCGCAACAGCAACAGCACGCUCAGCAACAAGGUGGACAGUACGGCGGCGGUAACAACGCGCAGUACUACAACUCCCUCAACGCUGCCGCCACCGCCACCAACUACGACAUGGGCUUCGGCAUUCCCCGCAGCGAAGGCGUCGACCAAUUCCCGGCCUUCAACGCCCAGAACACCAUGUUCAACGCCUCCAACCCGCCCAUGGGCCCCAACGCGGCGCUCCAGCAGCAACUGCAGUAUCAACAGAGCAUCAUGUCUCGUGGCGCGCCGCCCAUGAACAACUACUACCCCGCCAUGCAGGCCGGCUACGGCGGCUUCCAAAGCCCCAGCCCCUCGCUCGACCAGUACCGCAAUCAGCCCAUGGCCAACGGCAGCCCGAUCCCGCCUCCGGCGCAGAUCACAACCGCCGCGGGCCAGCCGACUCCAUUUGGUGCCGCCCCCGGAUUCAACGUGAACAUGCCGCCUCCUGGGAUGGGCGGAUUCGCCGGGUAUGGGAACCACCCGGCGGGGUAUAUGCCGCCGCCGCAGCAGCAGGAGCAUGUCAAUGCGCGGCAGCGGGGUCGAGUAGGGCGGAGUCCCCAGCCUGAUGGCCGGCGGGGCCGUCAGUGA